CCUGGGCGGGACUCCUCCCGCGGCCUCCGGGGCCCCGGGGCGCGCGCAACAGGCGGCCCGAGUCGGCGGGAAGCUGGAGCGCCGGCGGCGUCGACCUCGGAGGGGUGUGGAGAGGCGAGGCCAGGCAGAGCCCCGCGCAGCCAUGGAGUCGCUCCUGCUGCCGGUGCUGCUGCUGUUGGCUGUACUGUGGACGCAGGCGGCCGCCCUCAUUAACCUCAAGUACUCGGUAGAAGAGGAGCAGCGCGCCGGGACGGUGAUCGCCAACGUGGCCAAGGACGCGCGCGAGGCGGGCUUCGCACUGGACCCACGGCAGGCCUCUGCCUUCCGUGUGGUGUCCAACUCGGCUCCGCACCUGGUGGACAUCAACCCCAGCUCGGGCCUGUUGGUCACCAAGCAGAAGAUCGACCGUGAUCUGCUGUGCCGCCAGAGUCCCAAGUGCAUCAUCUCGCUCGAGGUCAUGUCCAGCUCAAUGGAGAUCUGCGUGAUUAAGGUGGAGAUCAAGGACCUGAAUGACAACGCGCCCAGCUUCCCGGCAGCACAGAUUGAGCUGGAGAUCUCCGAGGCGGCCAGCCCCGGCACGCGCAUCCCUCUGGACAGCGCCUAUGACCCGGACUCGGGCAGCUUUGGCGUGCAGACGUACGAGCUCACGCCUAAUGAGCUAUUCGGCCUGGAGAUCAAGACCCGCGGCGAUGGCUCACGCUUUGCCGAACUCGUGGUGGAAAAGAGUCUGGACCGGGAGACGCAGUCGCACUACAGCUUUCGCAUCACUGCACUCGACGGUGGCGACCCGCCGCAUCUGGGUACUGUUGGCCUCAGCAUCAAGGUGACCGACUCCAAUGACAACAACCCGGUGUUUGGCGAGUCCACCUAUUCGGUGAGCGUGCCAGAGAACUCACCUCCCAACACGCCCGUCAUUCGUCUCAACGCCAGCGACCCAGACGAAGGCACCAAUGGCCAGGUGGUCUACUCCUUCUAUGGCUACGUCAAUGAUCGCACUCGAGAGCUCUUCCAGAUCGACCCACACAGCGGCCUGGUCACGGUCACUGGUGCCCUAGACUACGAAGAGGGCCACGUGUACGAACUGGACGUGCAAGCCAAGGACCUGGGGCCCAACUCCAUCCCGGCACACUGCAAGGUCACCGUCAGCGUUUUGGACACCAAUGACAACCCACCGGUCAUCAACCUGCUGUCGGUCAACAGCGAGCUGGUGGAAGUGAGCGAGAGCGCCCCCCCGGGCUACGUGAUUGCACUGGUGCGGGUGUCUGAUCGAGACUCCGGCCUCAAUGGGCGCGUGCAGUGCCGUUUACUGGGCAACGUGCCCUUUCGGCUGCAGGAGUACGAGAGCUUCUCCACUAUCCUGGUGGACGGACGGCUGGACCGCGAGCAGCACGACCAGUACAACCUCACGAUCCAGGCGCGCGACGGUGGCGUGCCCAUGCUGCAGAGUGCCAAGUCCUUUACCGUGCGCAUCACCGACGAGAACGACAACCACCCACAUUUCUCCAAGCCCUACUACCAGGUCAUUGUGCAGGAGAACAACACGCCCGGUGCCUAUCUGCUCUCUGUGUCUGCUCGAGACCCCGACCUGGGUCUUAAUGGCAGUGUUUCCUACCAGAUCGUGCCGUCGCAGGUGCGGGACAUGCCUGUCUUCACCUAUGUCUCCAUCAACCCUAACUCCGGGGACAUCUACGCGCUGCGAUCCUUCAACCACGAGCAGACCAAGGCUUUUGAAUUCAAGGUGCUGGCUAAGGACGGCGGCCUGCCCUCGCUGCAGAGCAAUGCCACUGUUCGGGUCAUCAUCCUCGACGUCAAUGACAAUACCCCAGUCAUCACCGCCCCGCCCCUGAUCAAUGGCACUGCGGAGGUCUACAUACCCCGCAACUCCGGCAUAGGCUACCUGGUGACCGUUGUCAAAGCAGACGACUACGAUGAGGGCGAGAACGGCCGGGUCACCUAUGACAUGACAGAGGGCGACCGCGGCUUCUUUGAAAUAGACCAGGUCAAUGGCGAGGUCAGAACCACUCGCACCUUCAGCGAGAGUUCCAAGGCUUCCUACGAGCUUAUUGUGGUGGCUCACGACCACGGCAAGACGUCUCUCUCUGCCUCGGCGCUCGUCCUGAUUUACCUGUCCCCUGCUCUCGACGCCCAAGAGUCGAUGGGCUCGGUGAACUUGUCACUGAUUUUCAUUAUCGCCCUGGGCUCCAUUGCCGGCAUCCUCUUUGUCACUAUGAUCUUCGUGGCGAUCAAGUGCAAGCGAGACAACAAAGAGAUCCGGACCUACAACUGCAGUAAUUGUUUAACCAUCACUUGUCUCCUCGGCUGUUUUAUAAAAGGACAAAACAGCAAGUGUCUGCAUUGCAUCUCGGUUUCUCCCAUUAGCGAGGAGCAAGACAAAAAGGCAGAGGAGAAAGUGAGCCUAAGGGGAAAGAGAAUCGCUGAGUACUCCUAUGGGCAUCAAAAGAAAUCAAGCAAGAAGAAAAAAAUCAGUAAGAAUGACAUCCGCCUGGUACCCCGGGAUGUGGAGGAGACAGACAAGAUGAACGUUGUCAGUUGCUCCUCCCUGACCUCGUCCCUCAACUAUUUCGACUACCACCAGCAGACCCUGCCUCUGGGCUGCCGCCGCUCUGAGAGCACUUUCCUGAAUGUGGAGAACCAGAAUACCCGCAAUACCAGCGCCAACCACAUCUAUCAUCACUCUUUCAACAGCCAGGGCCCCCAGCAGCCAGACCUGAUCAUCAACGGUGUGCCUCUGCCCGAGACUGAAAACUACUCUUUUGACUCGAACUACGUGAACAGCCGAGCCCAUUUAAUCAAAAGCAGCUCCACCUUCAAGGACUUAGAGGGCAACAGCUUGAAGGAUAGCGGCCAUGAGGAGAGUGACCAGACCGACAGUGAGCAUGAUGUCCAGCGGAGCCUGUAUUGUGACACUGCCGUCAAUGAUGUGCUGAACACCAGCGUGACCUCCAUGGGAUCUCAGAUGCCUGACCAUGAUCAGAAUGAAGGAUUUCAUUGCAGGGAAGAGUGCCGGAUUCUUGGCCACUCUGACAGGUGCUGGAUGCCUCGGAACCCCAUGCCCACCCGCUCCAAGUCUCCCGAGCACGUGAGGAACAUCAUUGCACUGUCCAUUGAAGCUACUGCGGCUGAUGUUGAAGCUUAUGACGACUGCGGCCCCACCAAGCGGACUUUUGCAACCUUUGGAAAAGAUGUCAGCGACCACCCGGCUGAGGAGAGGCCCACCCUGAAAGGCAGGAGGACUGUCGAUGUGACCAUCUGCAGCCCCAAGGUCAAUGGCGCUAUUCGGGAGGCGGGCAAUGGCUGUGAGGCUAUUAGCCCCGUCACCUCCCCUCUGCACCUCAAGAGCCCUCUGCCUACCAAGCCUUCUAUGUCUUACACCGUUGCCCUGGCGCCCCCGGCCCGCGAUCUGGAGCAGUAUGUCAACAAUGCCCCUUCUCGUCCCUCUGAAGCUGAGCCCCGUGGAGCUGAUGGCGAGAAAGUCGUGCACGAGGUCAACCCCAUUCUGAAGGAGGGUCGCGACAAAGAGUCUCCCGGCAUGAAGCGUCUGAAGGAUAUCGUUCUCUAAACCAGGCUUGGGGAAGAAGAGAGAGAAACCACGCUGGCUAGCGAAGAGGCAGGAGCUGAUCAUUUUAAUUGCUCAUCAAUGGUUGGUUUUUGAGUGGCUGUAUUUCAGAGCUUUCCCUAAAUGUAUUGUUUAUAAAUGACUAUCAUUCUGUGACAAUCCCUCUCGUUUCAACAGACAGCAGGGGUGUUCCGUUGGAGCAAAUUAGCUUUGGCUUUAGUUGUUUAUGGGGCCUUGAUAUUGGGGAAACAGAGACAAAUUCAGUUGUGAAAAAGUAUUAUGUAUUAAGUGUUUGAAUUUAUAUAUUUUUCUAUGUCGAAAUUAUAAUAAAAAGUACCAUUGUUUGUGGAGGAUUACAUUUAAAAAAGCAAAAAAAAAAAAAAAAAAGAAGCUCUGGACACCUUUAAUAAGCUCGCCACUGUUUUGUAGUAUAGACAAGUUAAUGGUCAUUUAUUGUGUACUCUUCAUUGAUUCAGUGAUGUGAAAUUGAGCCCCUAAAAGGUUGUUUCUGAAGCUCGAGUACUUUCCAAUGCCACUACUUUGCUGUGGACACCCCUGCUUUAAGAACCCUUUUGCUAGCUGUGCUAUUGUUGUAUUUGAUAUUGCAAAUUGCUACGUGUGUGGUGAUGGCAAAAGGCUUUUAGAGGUUGGUGUUUUUUUUCUUAAAAAAAUAAAAUAAAACUACAGACAAAAACAAAGCUCAAACAACUGAGACGGCAAGUGAAUGAGUAAGACCACACAUGAAGAUUGAGUACUUGGAGGAGACUCACGUGGAGGAGACCCACGGAGUGGUUGCUCACCACCUUGCAGAAUAGUUUUCCUGCCUUUCAGUCUUCUGCCCAGAUCCAUGAUAGAUCAUUGCAGAAAGUCAUUUUUGGAUAUUCUGCUAUCUAAUUUGCAGUUGUCAGAAAUACUGUGCUGAAAGUUUUAUGAGAUCAAUUUUUCUCAUUUUCAGGCCCUGAACAGGAAAGUUGCUCCUGAAGUGAUCAGUUUCCAGUCUUAGAAAUUCCCCAUCUCCAAUCAUCUCAAACUCAAAAAGACUAAAUCUAUUUUGAGUUCUAAAUUAGCAUCUUUUCAGGCAUACACUUCCUGAUUCAGUGUUUCCCAAUCACGAUUGGAAUUUUAGACUGCAAAGCACGUCAUGGGCUGGAAUUGAGAACUCCAUGUAGGAUUAUAAAUAGGGGUAGAGUAAGCAGUACAAAGUGUACAUUUAGGAAAAGACAGGUAACAUGUAACAGCAUCACUGAUCCAAUUACCAUGCCUUCUAAAUGGAGACACUUGGACACUUGAACUUGUCUUUUUAUGAUUAGUACUUUUUUUAAAUUAAAAAUGUGAACAAGAAACUAUUAAAAUAAAUAUCCAUUAGAUUUAGCUAACUCUUUGCUGUAGGCUAGGAAUACACCUUUUUUUUUUAAUUAGCAAGUUUGUUACACACAUUCUUCCCACUCCCCCAUUACUAAUUGUCUAUUAAAUUCACUAGCCAACAUAGUAUUCUUGCAGCCUAAGAGUUCAUUGUUUAAAAAUGAACAAAUAUGUCACCUUUGCUCUGCCUUGGUCUUAAAAGAGCUGUUUCUGGAGAAACAAGUUUUGUGGUUAUGUUCUCAUUUGUUUCAUUUUUUGAAAUUCAAGAGUACCCAGAAAAAAAAGGCUUAAAGGUUAGAGCGCUAGAAUGCAAAAGAGGAUUUAUUUUCUUAAGUUUAGGUAGAUAAGUCAGCUCUUUUAAAUGUUUUAGUUAUUUUUGCCUGAGUUCCUGGCUUUAUACAUUACUAGGAACAUUUUCUUUUGUGGAGGGGGGAGGGCUUUGAGGGAGGGAGUGGGUAAGGCAGUGGGGAUGGGGUUAGGUAGGGGAGAAUAUUUCUGAAAAAGAACUUAUAAUGAAGCUACAAAUUCAUCCUUAUUCCUUAUUCAGUGCUGAAUACUACCUCAUGCAAAAUAUUGGUGUGGCUGCAAAUUUCCCUCUGAAACUGACACAAUUAGAAAUCGAUUACUGUACCAUCUUCAUUUUGGUUCAUUUAAUUCUCUCUCUCUUUUUCCCCUUUGAUUCAUUUCAUUUUAGUAGUAGAUUUUGAAUUAGGUAUUUAUUUCUGUUUGCAAGUGAAUAAACUAUUUGAUCAACACAUUAAAAUUUAAUUUUUUUCAUUCAAUUUAUAAUGGCUGCCUGUAGAAUUUAGACUGUUCCUUGCCUGAUCCAUCCUGAUAUUAUGUUGUUAGGUGCCACCCCAAGGUCGCUUUCAAGUCAGAUUUGACAGUUUUUGUACAGGUGUAUUUCUUACCAUGCUCAGCAGGAAGGAGGGAGCUGAAAAGAUUGUGGCAAGUGGGAACAUUCAAUGUUAGAUGGCUGUUGAGCCAGAGAGGCCACUGGCUGGCAUGUCUCUUACCGGCUAAGUUUAAACUGGUUAGAGUAGCAGUGACAUUGAUGCUGCUUUUCUCUUGUGUUUUUUUCUUCCUUUUUCUUUUUUUCAGAAUUCAGUUUCAAGCUAUAGACCAAUCCUUUUUCCUUCUCAAAAUACUUUGUUCGCAGUGGGCAGUCAGACAUUUUUUGGCUUCCAAACCCUUUAUUGAGCAUGUUCAGAGAAUUCCCCUCAUUAAGAAAAUAUCUUUUUUUUUUCCUUUCCAGUUGUCUGAUGUAUACAUCCUCCCAGAAGCACAAGUGCAUCCUAGGAGGGCUUUGUAAGCUGGUUUUAUAGGCAGGCUGUGCCUGCGAAUAGGAAUUUUGUGCAAGGAUCCUAAAUUUCCCUUUGGUUCAUGUUUCCCCACCCCUUCUUUUCAACAUGUCUGAUAAAAAGCCACAAAGGCCAGAGGGCCAGAUAUUCUUCCUUUUCCCUCUCUAAACAUGUUAUGCAUUUAAAUAUGAGGGAGCAGUUUCAGUUCCUAAAUCCUAGGGAGUUCCAUUCCAUUUAUUCUGAUGUCCCUUUUAGGGAGGAGUCGGUAUUGAGGCAUGACUUACUUUACUAACAACUGCUUUGGGCAUGUCCCUGAGCAGGUGAACGUCUUCAUGCACUAGAAAGGGUUCAGUUUGCAUUGAUUGAUUGCUUUCCCCCAAAUAUGGGGAUAUACUACUUACAAGGAAUAGGAAGAAGAGAACCAUGCCAUGUGGAAUCUCUUUUUUCUUCUUUUUACUGACUAAUCUAUGAACCUGUUCAGAAGGAAACUUACCAUCCUUUGAGUCUCUAAAAGCCAGUAAAGGAAAUUAUGGCCCACCUUAUUGCCCAAAUAGGUAAUGGGCCAAGGGACCCUGCAGUUCCUGAAUGGCAGUGGUUCUCAAAGUGUGGUCUCUGGACCGACAGCACCAGCAGCCCUUGGAUAAUGGUAAUUCCCUGUCCUCACCCAGACCAACUGAAGCAGAAAUUCUGGCUGUGGGACCUGGCAAUCCAUAUGGAUCAGAUCCCCACUAAAGGUUGAGGACUUGUUAAAGCACAGGUUGAGGGGACCCACACUUAGAGUUUCUGGUUCAGUAGGUCUGGGUUGGGGCCUGAGUCUUUGCUGAUUUAAAAAUUCCCAGGUGAUGCUGAUGCUGCUGGCCCAGGAACCACACUUUGAGUAUCACUGCUCCAGUGUAAACCUGUCUCAUAGAGCUAAUUGCACCUAAGAUGCCUGUUUAAACUCGUUCAUUGACACAGUGUCCCACGGAUCACUAAGCAAAAAUGUUAAUGGAGUACAACUUAAAACUCUGAAAAUUGGAACCACCCAGAGUAUCAUCCCAAUAGUGUUACUUCAGCAUACAACUGAUUGUAUGAAGGGAAUUCAGUUGAACUUUUCAUAUAGCUCUGUCAUAUCAACAGGCAAAACAAAAGCUGUGCACUUGAAGCAGCAAGGACAAAGGGCAGUUUGGGGAGAGGCAGGGUUUUAGAGGAUAGCUCAAUCGGGCAUCCAAGGCGGGAAAAGGAUUAUUAUUGUACAUAAUAGAAGUUCUGACUGGAAUUCCAAUUCACUUUAUGGGGAUCAUUUCGAUGUUGAAUGUUCCCCAAAGCAUCCUGACAAGUCUGGUCCACUUGGCUCUUUACCCGGGGUAAUAAGACCCUAACUGACUUUGAAAAACUGGCAUAAAUGAGCUUAUGAAGUCCAUUGUAUACAGUCCUAGUGUUUGCCUUCUCAGUAAAAUUACAUUUAAGGAUGUCAUUUCAUGAGUCAAAUUGUAUCUGCUGACACUGAAGUGUAUUGAGGUGUUGUUCUUUAGUUUAAGUAUGUAACAAAGUAAUAUUCAAAGGGGAUGUGUGGGGGUGGGGCUGGGACCGGGUGGCUUUAUAUUGAUAAUGAAAUAUUCCAGAGCAAAACACAUUGUCCUAAUGAAGCUGUUGCAGCUCUCUUUGUUUUCUUGUGAGGCUGGAAUUGGCCUGUGGGUCACAUGUUGUGCAAAAGUGAAUUAAUUUCCAAUAGAACUCAUAUCGCUUCUGUAACACAAAGAAAAUCAAACCACCUUGUCGGAAAUAUACAUUGUAAGGCGCUCUUGGUAAGGAACAACGCACGAAAACCUGAUCUUGAUUGGAAAGCACUGUAGGUCAUUAGGGACAACUGAUGAUGCUGAUUGUUGCUCCAGCUGUGUUGGCAAUUAAAGAUGACCUUGUUACUAACUGCAAGUUGCUGUCAACCUUAGCAAACAAACCAGCUAACACCAUUACAGCACUGGUUAAGUAGAUUUUUACUGGCACUGGCUGGCGUUCAGCUGAGGAAGGCUAGGAUACAGACUUUAAUGACCAAGAGCCAGACUAGCUCGAGCUAGAAAUUCAGCAACAAAUACCUCCUUGUGCUAUUUGAAUGCUAAGGUAUUAGUUGCAAAAGGCUUUCGCCUUCUCUCCUCUAGUGAGGGGAAUGAGCCUGAUGACACUAUUACUGUUUACCUGUCAAACCAGGGUGGAAAUUUAGAGGGAUGCAAGUACAGUAUGUCUCAUUAAGCAGUCUCUGUUGCUGACUAUAUGAAGAUGAAAUUGUUGUAUAUGCUGAUCUGUAUGUUAUGUACAUUUUCACAGUGAUUGAAUCAUUGUAAAAAGACAAAAAAAAAAAGACAAAAAAGAAUCACCACUCUGUCUAUUUUAUGAAAAUGAUAAAGCAGCUUUAUUAAAUUAUUACAGUUAUGUUUUAAAUGGUGUUAUCUGCCACAUUGUUUCCUUUUCUCUGGUGGUUCUCUGUUUUCCCCUUAAAUGUGUUUUCUCUGCUUCAAAAAUUUAAUGCAUUUUAGUAUUAAAGGCUAUUAUGGAAAAAUUAUUGAGUGUUUGGUGAACUGUGUCUCGGAGGGUGUCGGUUGGCAUGGGGGUGGGGGUGACUAUUAGGAGGGAACCAGCCCUCAGUGGGGUCACUGCUGUUCCAACCCAAAUGAUUUCUCUUGCCAUUUUCAUUUCACACAAUCACCAACUCUUCCAACUAAGAGGGGCCACUUCCUUCAGCCAGGCUCCCAUCAUUUCCUGAGUACCUCCACUC